CUAAAUAUUUAGCUAAUAUGCAAAUUUAUUGUACGGGUCAACGGAAAUACCAAAAUAAAAGCUUCAAGAAAACCUCCCGCGCUAAAGUGUGCCGGUCGUGGUCAGGUUGUGUGUCUGCGCUCCUCUCAGGGUCACUUUUGACUGCCAUGAGCUGCUUCACCUGUUCCCUACCAGCAUGUCCAGCGAUUUAGCUGAAAACAUUGGAAGAGCCGUUUUGUCGGCCAUCCAACGAUUCAGCGGUAGUGCACCCUCAACCUCACAAACGCCGCAGCACUUGGAAUCCAGCAAUGCACCUGGACCAAGUAGACCUGCCGUCUCCACUGGGAUACCGUACCGCUCGGUUGUAAAUGCAACAACUCAACAUGAUUUGGAGAAAGCAGUCAGCUGCUGCGACUCAUGGCGAUAUCAAGUUGAAGGUCUUCCACUCACAGUCACCAUGGCCAAUAAAGAUCUGUUUGUGAAAAAUGCAGCUCUAUACCUUGCAGUCCUGCAACGGCAAAGCUGUUUCGAUCAACUAACUGAUGGCUUGUCCUACUAUGGAAUUUUAUCACUCCUGAGAGAGAACCCCAGUUUGCGUGUUCUGCUUGACCUAUCGGGGGAGGACAAAGAUCUGACAGCCAGUUUAAUUGCUGGGGUUCUCAGGCCAAGCUAUUCUGUCCUUGGGAGCAACAGAAGAGUUAGAGAGGAGCUGAUGGUGGUCAAAUUUCGGGAAUUUCUCCAGUGUGUCGAAAAUAAAGAGCUGAGAGACGCACUUGGAGAAAGGACUCUUACCAAGGAUGAAGAGGCAUUUGUGAAGGCUUUGAGGCCUGGUCACAUCUUGGCUUUUGCCACCGGGAGCAGCAAGGUUCCAGCCAUAGGUUUUCAACCAGCUCCUAAAAUAACAUUCAUUCACGAUGAAAGCAAACAUCUCCCGAUUGCACACACAUGUGCAAAUGAGCUUCAGCUUUUUGUGAAUGAAACAACAAUGGCUGAUGAUGAUGCUUUUCAUUACUACUUCUUAGUAGCACUCAUGAAUGGAGCUUUAUUCAGCACCAUCUAAACAUGUUCCAAAAAAGUGAAAUUAAAAUGGUGGGUUUGUUAACUCUA